UUUCUUUUUCUUUCUUUCAACAGACACACUCUGAAACAAUAUUAAGUUAAGAUCAACUCAUAACAGAAAAUAAAUCACAAAAUGAAACGUCUCUUAGAAAGACUUGAACUUAAAGGCAGGGCCUACAAACUGAGACCUGCAAACUUUCUUCAAAUAAGUGAACAUUCAUUACAGUCCUAUCAAUGUUGUGUUGAAAAGGAUGCUGUUCAGGCUUUCAUUCAAAAACUACUGAUGAUGAACUACAAAGCAAGAUACAAUGAAACCAACAAGGAAGAUCCAAUACAAAGAAAAGACCAGGAAAAUGAUGUUGAUCUUUUUGAAGAAAUGGCUAAACUAAACAUUGGAACAAGUCAGUCUGAGCAAAUUCACCCAAUGGAUGUUCAAAUGGCUGUGUUUCAUUGUGCUGAUGGUUGUCUAAGGCAGAUUAUUGUAACUAAACUGUCCCAGUGUCAGUUCGCUCUGCCUCUGCUUGUUCCUGAUCCAGUAACUCAACAGAUUGAGUUUCCUCUCUGGACAUUCAGACAAAUCAGCAAGAGCUGGAAGAACAGAAACACCAACAUCAGUCAAACCCAGCCCAUCUACAAGGCACAAACUCCAAUGGUGUUUUUCUUUAGAUUUGGCUCUGUGUCUUCAUCCAAGUCUCAGCUGAUGAGCAGUCUGAUCAAUGACAGACACAACACGUUCUUCCACAGGAACUGCCCAGGCAGCAGCAGAUCCAGAGUCCUGAUGGAUGGAGUGGUGGAGAUCGCCUGGUUCUGCCCUUCUGGAUCAGAUGAUGAUAAAUUCAGUGACUGUGUGGCCUUCUGUAAUCUACAUGGAGAUGCAGGAGACCACGAGAAACAGUGGAGGAUCCUCACUGAGAUGGCCACAGUCAAUGUGCUUCUUCUUCCACAACUGGACAAGAAUGACAUAAACGCAGAAAAAAUUCAAAAAUUGUUAAAGACCACAAAGCCACUCAUUUGUCUAUUUAAUGAAGAUACUUGUAGUCUAUUAGAGAUGAAGAAAGGGAAAUACAAGAUUGGUCUGAAAGACAGAAAUCAGUCAGAUGUCUCUAGAGACAUCAGAAGAGCUAUAAAUGAUUGUCUCUCAGAACCAUCUCCCACUUUCAGACUUGAAGAUGUGUCCAAACACUCAGACAUCAGAGUAGAUGAGGAAGAUGAUGAAGACUGCAGGAGAGGAAGAGCAGCAGCACAGCAGAUGAUCAGUUUACUGGAGGAGAAAAAACUGACAGAAAUCAAAGAAUCAUUUCUGCCUCAUCAGGGAAAACUGUGGCAUCAGUGGAGUCAGAAGAACAAGGAACUACAUCGACCUCAAGGAGAUGAGAUAGAAAUGGAAAUCAGUAGAAAACAAACAGAGUUAAAGGAAAUACGUGCAAAGCAACACAAAUCUAAUAUCAGUGAGUUUAUGAAGAUUUUCAUUAAAGAAAUGAACUUAGCAGAUGAACAAGCAAAUAUGUUUUUUUUCAAAUGGCUUGGAAUCUUCAUGGAUGAGUAUACAUCAGCUGACCUUUCUGCUCUACAAUUUCAGUAUAACAAAAAAUGGUCAGCAGUUGUAAAACUGAAAAAGAGUGAUUACAAAUCUGAACAAGCUGAACUUGAGAGAAUAUCUGAGGAUCUUCAAGCUGCAACCUUUGGUCUGGAGCACAUCAUGAGGGAGAUCGGUCAGAUCUAUGAAUCAUGUUCAUCUGUGAUGGAGAACAAGAAAGAUCUGCCGGUUCACUUCUCUUUUCUCCCGAGUCUCGCAGCAGAGAUGAUGAUCUCUGGGUUUCCACUGGAGCUGAUGGAUGGAGAUGCUGCUCAUGUUCCUCUGGUCUGGAUCUCUGCUGUUUUUGAUCAACUCGUCCAGAAGCUGGGAGACCAGACCAGAGUCUUUGUGCUGUCAGUUUUAGGAAUUCAGAGCUCUGGGAAAUCCACCAUGCUGAACGCCAUGUUUGGACUCCAGUUUGCCGUCAGUGCUGGCAGGUGCACCAGAGGAGCUUUCAUGCAGCUGGUCAAAGUGUCUGAGGAGAUGAAAACACAGAUGAACUGUGACUAUAUUCUGGUUGUUGAUACUGAGGGUCUUCGUGCUCUAGAACUGGCUGGAAGAUCAACAAGAGAUCAUGACAACGAAUUGGCCACAUUUGUUGUUGGUAUUGGCAAUCUAACACUGAUCAACAUCUUUGGCGAAAACCUAUCUGAGAUGCAGGACAUUCUUCAGAUUAUUGUUCAGGCCUUCAUGAGGAUGAAGAAGGUCAGACUGAAUCCCAGUUGUGUGUUUGUGCAUCAGAACGUUUCAGACGUCACAGCUGGAGAGUUAAACUUGGAGGGAAGGAGACGACUGCUGAAAAAACUGGAUGAGAUGACAAAACUUGCUGCUGAGGAAGAAGACUCAGAUGCAGAGUGUUUCAAUGAUGUCAUUAGAUUUGAUGUUCAGAAUGAUGUGAAGUAUUUUGCUCAGUUCUGGGACGGCAGUCCACCAAUGGCUCCACCAAACCCAAUGUACUGUGAUGGUAUACAUGAACUGAAAAAAAGUAUUAUGUCUCAAGCCUUAAAAUCACAUAGAGUAAUGCUAAAAGACCUAAAUAAACAUAUUGAAGAUCUCUGGAAAGCUUUACUGAAUGAACAGUUUGUCUUCAGCUUCAGGAAUUCUCUGGAAAUUACAGUCUACAGGAAUCUGGAAACCGAAUAUAGCAACUGGUCCUGGAGUCUCCGCAGAGCCAUGAUGGAAACUACGAACAAACUUCUAAACAAAAUAGAAAAUGAAGCAGUUCAUGAGGUCGAUGAAACUGAUCUUCACAGAGAACUGAAGGAGACAAGUGAAAAAGUGCAAAAAUCAAUGUCUGAAUUCUUUGAGACAGAAAAAUAUGCAGAUAUACUGAUUCAGUGGAAAACAUCAUUUGAAAUCAAAAUCAAAGAGCUUCAGGAAAGCAUUGUGAGGGAAACAAAAAACAAAUUAAAUGAGGUUCUUCAUCAUCAAGACAUGAAGAAAAAGAUCGAUGCUCAGAGGACACAUCAUGAAAACACUCUAUGUGAAAAGAGCAAAGAACUAGCUUUAAAAGUCAAAGAAAAAAUAAAUGAUAAAGAAACUCAAAAAAAAGAGUUUGAUUUGUUUUGGGAACAGACUGUGAAAAACAUCACCAAAGAGACUCUGCCAGUCAAAGACAUUUACAUAUUAAGAGAUGUGAGAAAGAUCCUCACCGAUAUGUAUCAUAACCGUUUCCUUGAAGGCCUCAGAAAUGAGGACAGUAGUUAUAACAAUAUUUUUUCUGAGCCAAGUUUUUCUUAUUAUGUUAAUUUCAGAAAGAGUAGAACUGGAGACACUCUACAGGAAGCUUGCAGAAGAGUUAAAAGAGCAUUGGGAUUUGCUGACACUUUGAGUCCUGUUGAGGAAGCCCAAAUCAGAUCAUUUAUUACUAAAGUUGCUGAAAAAACAGACACAAUGAUUCAGUCAUUUAACAUUUCAAAGAUGGGAUACAACAUCAGCUGCAUUCAACUACUCACAGGUUACAUCAAGACAAGUGUAGUAGAAUAUGAGAAAGGAGCAGUAAAAUAUGUGUUCAAGGAUGAAUUCAUCAUGGAUUUGGUUUAUUCCAUCUGUAAAAGAGCAAACAGGAAAAUCACUGAACAACACAGCCUCUUCAGAGAAAACAAUGAUCCAGAAAUACACUUAGGAAAUAAACGAGAAGAAUACUACAGUAUUUUCCAGAAACACUGUCAUGGAGCUGCAUCAGCGGCUAUUUUUGCUGAGAUCAUCUGUCAGAAACUGAAACAGCCCAUUGAGCAGAGCAUCUACAAGAAAACUGCCAGAGAUUUAGCAGAUGAAAUGAGAUCAAAUUGCAAAUCGCUGAAUGGGAAUAGAUCAAAGCUGGAGAAACACAUCCUGAAGACACUGGCAGAAGAGGAGGACUUUGACAAAUACAUGAACUACAUAAAAGCUCCAAAAGAUCACUUCAAGAGUUUCAUCAGAGAUGAAGUCAGUCGCUACAUCAGAAAUAGGUUCAGCAUCAGUGUUUUACCCAAGAUGAAGGAGAACAUUAAACUCCUGCAGCAGAAGAUCAUGAACGCAGCACAUCAAUCUACUGAACAUGUUCAAGUCAACAGUGGAGAUGUUGGUUUGUGGUUGAAGAGUUUCACACAGCAGCUCUCAGAUCAGCUGAUCUUCUCUGAAAAAGACCUCAGUGGAGUCAAACAUGAUGAUGUUGAUGAUUUCAGACUCCUAGAAGAUGUGAUCAGACAAGAGCUUACUGCUGUAAUGUCAGACAUCAGCAGCAGAUUCAACACAGACACAUUUCCAGUAAAGCUGGACUAUAAGUUCAGGCCAGAUGAGCUUCUGAUUGAUCACAUCUGUCAGUGCUGUUGGGUUCAGUGUCCGUUCUGUGGAGUAAUCUGCACAAACACCAUAGAGAACCAUGAUGGAGAUCACAGUGUUACUUUCCAUCGUAAUAUUGGACUGAAUGGAUGGUUUUACAGAGGAACAACAAACCUAGCUAUUAACAUCUGCACAUCAUCAGUAGCCAGUGAUACACAUUUUUAUCCUGAUUCAUCAGAUAGGAGAGUUGCUUGGAAAGAAUACAGGACAGCAGGAGGAGAUUAUGCAGACUGGAGCAUCACUCCUGAUUUCUCUGAACUGCCCUACUGGAAGUGGUUUGUGUGCAGAUUCCAAAAAUUUUUGGAAAAACACUAUAAAAAAACAUUUGAAGGUUCUGGUAACAUCCCAAACGGAUGGAAAAUGUAUUUAAAACAGCAAGCUAUUCACAGUUUGGAUAAGUACACAUAAACUGACAAAUAAGAUGUUUCUUUUGGUUAAUUGGUCAGGACUUGUUUGUGAGCUUGUGCUCCUCAAUUUAGCCACAUUUACAAUCUCUACUCUUCACAAUGUGUAUUAAAUAAUAUAAUAUAUACAUUUAAAAGUACUUCAAAAGAAUGUCAAUGUUUCUUAUACCAAUGCAUGCAAACUCAUUUAAAAUACAUUGAUUUCAGAUCUGCAAUUAUGAAUGCAAAAUGGUGGUAAUUCAAUGUGGUCAUCUUGUGCUUUUUAUAUGUUUAUAAUAUUAAUAAAUCCGAGUGUUAUACA